UACAGCCACGAAAACUGUACAGUAUACUGAUUUGUGUCAGUAACACACAGAUUCAUCAAGUUUAGAUCCCUUCUGUAGUUUUAUUCUAUCAAAUCAAGUGACUUAAAAGUUAAAAUGAACCUAAUUUCAUUUUAGAAGUUUAUGGAGAAAACUCAGUAAAGGUGCCACAGAGACGCUUCAGCAGAAACGUCCCUCUUGUUUAUUUGGGUGGAAAAUGAAAAUAAAGUGUUGGAUCUGGCUUCUGGUGUGAAAAUGGAACACCCAGUCCACGAUCGUGUAAGAGCAGGAGAAGUAAUUCAUUGUUUCGUGCUGUUUUAAAAGUCGUCAAACUUGGAUCCUCGCAGAGGCUGGAGAACAUGGGACAGCCCCCAUCCGCAUACCUCGACGCACAGAGCCCCGUGGAAAGACACGACGCGCUCCCUGAUACGCUGCUGCUCCGGCUUGUGGGCCUGGACUGGAAACAUCCUCCAUCCACGACUGCAAAAAAGAAAAAAGGAAAGAAAAAAAAAGCCCAACACUCACUCACACUCCCACAAGCACAUCACACUCAAUCUCAGCGAGCUCCCCUACACACUGAAGAUGACUGCGAAAAACCGACACAAGAGCAGCUCCGGGGAGAAGAGCGCCGCAUCCAGCCAGGAGGAUGCCAAGAAAAGCCCGAAGAUCAGCAGCAGCAGCGGCAGCAGCAGUAACGGGGUGAGUGGCCCCGCUCCUCAGGGGCCACCGCGGUCGGGGAGCUGCCUCGCUCUCGUAGCCUCCACUGUGUUUUACAUCGCGUUGAUAGGCGCUGUGGGGUUCGCCGCCUUCCAUCUGCAGCAGGUCGUGGAGGAAAUGCGCACGACGAGCGCCGGGCAGGAGGAGAGCGCACGGCUGAGCGCGGAGCUGGCCAGUAAAAUGGACAGUGUGGUUCAACAGGUGGAGUCUCUGGCGAGUGUCGUGGACGGGCUGGAGUCAUCACUGAAGAUCACACGGGUGGAGCUGGAGGGCUCCAUCAGCCGUAUGAAGAGGGGCGAGGUGGAGACCAGGAGGGUGGAGGAGGCCCUCCAGAGGCUCCAGAACGAUCUACUCAGGGACCUCUCAGAGGGCAUCAGCGAGGUGAAGCAGGCCCGAGAGAGGGACUUCUCCUCUCUGGAGAAGACUGUGGAGGAGCGUCUGGCCGAGGCGAGUCAGUCCAUCAGGGCCAGCGUGACGGAGUUCACCGAGGCUCAGGGUGAGACGCAGAGCCAGCUGGCUGACCUUAAGGCCCGCCUGGGCGACAUGGAAGACCCUGCCCUCAUCAAGCAGGAGCUCACUGCCAUCGUUGAUGUUGUAGCUGAAAUCAAAACGGCCAAAGAGGCUUCUGACGCCUCGGCCGACUCACUCAGGGAGCAGAUCGGUGCUGUGAGGGCAGAGCUCCAGACUCGCAACCAGGAGGUAGCCUCGCUUUCUCAGGAAGUCCAAACAGUGAGGUCAGUGGUGCAGGAGACCGUUGGGAGUCUGAGGCAGUCGCUGUCUGAAGCUGAGGCCAGCGUCCAGGGUCUGAGGGACAGAAGCGACACACUGGAGAGCAGCGUGGAGCAGGCGGUCGAAGCCGCCCGUAAUGUGGAGAGGAACGCGAAUGAAGCGGCCGCUCAGGUCAGGAAGCAAUCAGAUGACCUGGAGGUCAGAGUCAAAGCAUCAGAGGAGAACGGAGACUCGCUGUCUGCAUCGGUGUCAGACAUCAGCAGCAGAGUGGAGGGGGAGAUGGAGGCCCUGAAGAGCAGCUUGGCGGGGCUGCAGGGCUUCGAUCAGCAGGUGAGGGACUUGGAGAAGAGGCUCAGCACUCUGGAGGGCAGCAGCAGCGGCAGCGUGAAGCCAGAGCAGCUGCAGAGCUUAAAAAGCAUGGUGGACGGCCUCGAAAAGAAAGCAGCCAAGCUAGAAGGCCACGACCAGGCGAUCGCUGCCCUUCAGAAGGCCCUGCAGCAGACCACACGGACACUGGCCGACAUAUCCAAAGCUAAGGCGAAGAAGUAGGUGGUUUUACAUGAGCAGAGCGACAUCAGAUUACCAAAACAGACAAUAACGCUUCCUAAAGGGUGAACAUAACCCAACCUUUCCUGUUUUCAUGAAGAAUUGGUUCUUAAACUUGAUGUUCUGAUGUCACGAUGUUGCACAUUUUGGUAGAAAAGUAGCCAAUGUGAGGAGAAAAGCCGGACUGCUGAUCUGUGAAUUCAAACUCAAACUCAUCUGCACUGUAUUUUUUUUUUCCCCAAAUGUUGUCUUUUGUUACGUUUUUACCUGCAAAUGCUGUUUGUUUGUUUUUAAAAACCAACUGAAUGCAAAAAUAAUGGGCUCCUUUUGAGCACUCCUUUGUUUACUCACUACCUUUUUGUUUUUCUACAAGAAUAAAAACUCUUGUUGACUCGAA